CAACACUGCCCCCACCCCACCCCUCCGCAGCCAUUUUGGCUCAAGCCGCUGAGCAUUCGCCCCCGAGCUUCGCGCCACGUGCCCCCUGCCGCGCGCCUGCUGGCCCAUCGCCAUGUGCGUGGACUCGCCCGUCACGCGGCUGCCGACGCCCCCCCACGGGCGCGCCCAGCCGAGCGGGCCCGACGGGUGGGCCCCCGCCCGCGGCACGGGAGCGACGGAGGCCGACCAGGGAGCGGGAGCGCACGACCUCGACGCGAGGUGGCCCAUUGACGACCCCGACGACCCCGACGAGGGGGCCCUGACGAGGCGCUUUGGCGCGGCCUCGGGGCCCGGCGGCGCAGGGCCCGGGCAGAGCGAGCGGCCCCUGGCCGAGCCCGGCAUCCUCCGGCGGCGCGGCGGCAGGCUGCUGGGGCUGGCGGCGAUGGUCGACGUCGCGGCCUCGGCGCCAGAGCCGCUCGGGUCCCCUACCAGCUUCGCGUUGCGAUACCCCUCGAGUUCCGUGCUACCCCGCCUUGCGCCCGACAGUCCCGAGGCCGCGCCCGCGGCGGCCGCGCGCGGCGCCGCCGGGCGCGGGGCCGCCCGGGCGCCGCCAUCGCAGCAGCUGCCGGCGCUCGUCGCCCCCGCGGCGGCCGAGGAGGGCCUGGGCGCGUGCGCCGACAGGCGGGCGCUGCUCGGGGUGAGGAGCGGUGUUGACAUGGGCGCCACGGGAGACGUUCGAGAUGGCCAGCCGAGGCACGUCAGUUUCUCGACGUCGCCCCUGGACGGCGUCUACGACGUGACGCCAUACGCCAGAAAGUACGGCGUCCACCCGAGUUUCUUCGACUUCGACCGAAAAGGUGAGAUGAAGCUCACCGAGGAGGGCGUCCUGGAGGACCUGAGGCGGACGGGGGAGUGCCGCCAGCGUCUGAAGCUGAGCGGGGAGGCGAUGCUGUGAGGAAUCAUUGCGCCGCUUGCGUCGACGACGACGACGACGACGACAACGACGGCGACGACGACGACGACGGCGCUUUCGGCACAAUUUGUGGAAUUGCAUCGAUGUGCCACCUCCUCGCCCCUCGUGGUCGCUCGCAUCUUCCCCAGGCCUCUGCUACAGAGGGGGCCCAUGCCAAGAGACACCCUGCUUGCCUCCAUCAGGGCUGGGUUGCUUGUGGAAGGUUUCUUGUGGUCGGGCCCCCACUGUGCAUCACAUUUUGUUGCUCGCGAGCGCGGCCAGUCGGGGUAAAACGCCGCUGGUGGGGCGGAGCCACGCCUGAAAUGCUGCACAAGCCCAACUACAUUGCUAGCUGCCAGAAGCUCCAAUACCGGAUAAUUCGUCACCCAGAUUGUACGUCUCAGGUGUUUGUUCGCUUCGGUGUGCACCAUAGACGCGUUAACGGUGUGUUAGCUAUCGGCGAUGUAUGAGCUCGGCG